CAGACCCGCUGUUUCCUGACGGAACUUGUACCCAGUAGCACGCCGUGAAGACUCGGUAUCAAACAGAAAUCUUCAACAUGGCAGAGACCCACAGCUUGCAGGACAUGAGGCAGCAGGCGGCCGUGGCGGCUAAAGUCUUCGUUCAGAGAGAUUACACCAGUGGAACCAUGUGCCAGUUCCAGACCAAGUUCCCCUCGGAGCUGGAGACCAAGAUUGACAAGCAGCAGUUCGAGGAGACGAUCCGGACGCUGAACAACCUCUACGCCGAGGCGGAGAAGCUGGGAAGUCAGUCAUUUAUCGAAGGCUGUCUGGCAUGCCUCACCGCUUACACGGUCUUUCUGUGUAUGGAGACUCACUACGAGAAGGUUCUGAAGAAGAUAGCGAAGUAUAUCCAGGAACAGAACGACAAGAUCUACGCACCACGAGGCCUCCUGCUGACAGAUCCCAUCGAAAGAGGCCUGCGAGUCAUCGAGAUCACCAUCUAUGAAGACAGAAGCUUCACCAGAUAAAAGCGAGAACACGCCUCCGUUUGGCCGAGCAGAGCUGCUGGACCCGCAGCAGCUGAACAACAGAACCAACCUCCUGGACGAGCUCCCAGACCCGCGACCUUAAUGCUGCGUCUUUACAAUCUGGCCCCUUCCCACCGGUUACUAAUGCAUGUGUCAUUCACAAAAUCCUUUGACCAAGUUGGACAUUCAGCUCUACUGUUUGAAGAAAUGUUGCAGCGGUGCUUCGGUUUUCCUUUCCCCCCGUUCUGUAUUUUCCUGCUCACACGUGUAAAUGUUUAAGUUGACCACAAACAUAUUUACAGGAAAUCUGAACUCAGAAUUGAACCAGUCUUUUAACCCUUUUAUGCCGGGCUAAUGCAGCUGUUUGAAAGUUAGUAUUUGUGCAGAAUUAAGUUAUUUUUUUUAAUCAGAUUUCCUUUUGGAAUGGUGCAGCCAUGAAAUAGGGCAACUUAAAUUUUACAGAUCUUUUCCAGAGCUCACCUGCGCUGUAAUGGAUUAUUUUGCCUGAACUGAUGGCUCAGUGGCGGCGUUCCCUCGCAGUUGUUCAGUCUGGAUUUGUUUCAUUUUAAUUCUUUCCCAGAUGGGGUUUGUAGUUUUGCUCCCAUUUUUUUUUUUUUUGCACCUUAUCUGCCUGUUUCCUGAAUAUCGGCGUGAGCCUUUUAUUUAAAGCUCUCUAGAGUCCAGUGGCAAAUUUUUAUUCCUGUAAAUAUUUGACUUGUAUGCAUUGAUUUAACAGAUCCUUUAUUUCUGUAUUUGGUGUAUGAUACUGUAAGUGCUGUCUCUUUAUUUUCAUUUGGCAUUUGUGCUAUGCAUAUUUGACCACUGUUCAUUUUUACUGUUCAUAUACACAUAUAGUCCAAUAUUGCCUUUGACAGAAGUAUUAAAAGUGCUCUUGUUAGUUGACAGCGCCCAGAAUGGCUUUGAACGUUGCCUCUAUGUAAGGAUAAAGGGCCAGUCACAUCAAAAUUUGAACAAAUAUCUUUUAAAGCUUCUCAGUGAAAUGGUUGCGAUUAGCACAUGUUAGAAAAGCACAAAUGUUUCUAAACAUUGACGUUCUGGUGUGACACGGCCCAAUAAUUGUGAAAUAGGGUUUUAGAGAUUUUCUAGAGAUGCACCAACCAGUUGAUCGGUGAUUUUUGCAAUUCAGGUCCAAGAUGGUGAUUUUCUUAACCCCCCCCCCCCCCCCCCCAAAUUAAAAAUCAAACAGCAUGUAGUAAGUACAGUGAAAUAAUUCUGUCGUUUUCAUUUCUGUCAAAACCUCUACCUCCGUUUAAGAAAUGUUUUCUCUUAUGACUUGUAGACCUUGUAGGAAAUCUGUUUGGACCAGAGAAGGCCUGAUAGGUGCGUCUCUACUAAAAUCAAAGGAUGGCUUUCUUUUCUGCGUACCGGGAGCAGCUCAGUUCGGCAUUAAGCCUCUCGUUGCGUCCUGUAAGCGGCUGAUGUUCAGCUUCAGUCGUCCCAGAUGUCCUGUAAAAGUGAAGCAUCUGGAAUCAGCUCCAUGUGCAGGUAUACAGGUUUGAUUGUGUAACCGAUUGUUAAUCAGAUGGAAGUGUUGAUGUCUUCUGUAAAUAAAGUGGGAGUUGUGUUUUGUUUUUUGUUUUUGUAGGUUGAGCCCAAUAAUUGAUCUUUUCUGUUAAUUUGCCAAAUGAAAUUCAAAUGUAUCAAUAAUCUUAAAUAUAUGCUAAUAAAUCAUGUAAAUAUUUGA